GAGGCAGGUCCUGACCUUGAGACCCUGUCUGGGACCCUGGGAUACUUUCUUGGAAGCCAGGGGCCUGUCUUGUCUGACUAAGUUGGAGCGCCGCUGCAAGACGUUGAAGGAUUCAGGCCAGACGGAGUCAAUGGAGUAUAAGACCACGUUGGCGCGAUCUCUGGCGUUGAGGACGGCGCAGACCUUGGCGCUCCCCAUGAGCAAGUCGAUGAAGCACGCGCAGGUCGUGAAGCAUUUUGGGAUAAUUGAGGCCCAGCAGGAGGAUAUGCCCAUCAACCACAAGUUGGCUGCGACUGAGAUUUAUUCAGCUGAGAUGAUGGACGCGAAGAGGCUUGACCAGUGGGCUGAAGCGAUGGCCUUCAGCAGCGUCACAGACGAUGAUUGGGACGUCAACUUUCCAUCUUUUGGCAAAUUGUUGCCCUCGAAGUCCGAGCAUUGCGAUGGCGCGAAGCUUUUCCAGACUCAUUACUACAAUGCUUUCUUGUGCGAGGCUUUCAUGAAGCUCGUGUUAGAUAAAAAGGGCCACGACUCGUUGAAGCAAAUAUGUGAAAUGGUGCUGGAUGAGGCAAACGCGUGGGAGACUGGGAAAGAUGAAUUACCAGAGGACGUUGACGUGGGCGGAAUUGACGAGGCCGUCGCAAAUUGUUCGAUGGUGGCCCGCGGUUUCUUGGCACUGGUGGACCCGCGCCCUGCGUACCGCGGGAGUUCUGCCAGCGAUGUACAUUUCGUAUUUCCAGAGAGGAUCAAGAAGGGAACGAGCAGUCUCGGCGAUCUCGGGCAGGCGGCAAGAGUGAUUGCCAACGAAAUGAAAUCAUCUACAUUCUGGAUCGAAGCUCGCAGCACCUGGAAGGCGUCUUGCGCAGUCGACGACGGGAUCGCCAAGCCGUUCGCCGAGCGUUGCAAGCAGAUGGACCCGGGGCAGCUGGGCAGCAACAUGGUCAAGUUGCUCGGGCGUUUCUGGGAAGCGUCCAAGAAGCGCGAAGCCGUGUCGGACAAGAUCAGCGACUGCGCCACGUACCAGGAGCUUUUGCAGGUUAUGAAGAAGGCAGGGAUUGACUCCGAUACCAUCGCACAUAUCCUCAUGGAAAUGUCUGAAUCCAGGUCCGCGUGGCUCAGGGAGGACGUCGCUGGUUCUCUGAAGGCGGCGCUUGCGACAAGCAUGAGCAGCCCAGACGAGGUAAAAACUCUCGGCGCGUGCUUGAAGGCCGCUGCCUCACUGGAUCUCUCUGACGAGCUCCGCGAUAAUUUCUUGGAGGGCCGCCCUUUCUUGUGGAAGUUCGUGGCUUUGGCUCUUGAGAAAGGCUUCCUGGAGGACGCAACUACAGGCAUUCAAGUCUUGGAGUUGAUCGGUCGCUUGAAAAACUUGCCGCAAGACAGCGUUAACUCCAAGGCUGACGUCGACUCGAUCCUGAAGUUUUCGAAGACCUACUCGUGCGUUGUCCAACACAUCCAGGUUUCAAGCGAUUCCCAGAACUAUGAUACCAUCCUUCAGAACCACGAAGGCAUUCUUGAAAUGGCUAAGAAGUUCAGUGGCAAAGUUAAUGGCCAGGCAGGCGUGUGGAUGGAAAAGAUGGUGAAGUCAUACGAUGAUACGGUGUCCAAGCAGGUUGCCAGCAUUCUCGCCGCUCGCGGACCAGUCGCGAUUCGCGAGGCGGAGGCCGCGGUGGUUGCCGCCUCUGAGAUUCUCGAGCCAUUACUCCCGAAGGGUUGGUCAGAUGGUUUUGAGGGCACUUUCGAUGAGUUGCUCGAGCGCGCGUCUGGGACCUUGAUGGAGGCGAACGGCAGCGAGAUCGCAAAGCAUAGCAAGAUCAUGCAGAAG